UUGAUGAAACUAUUCAAUUCAGACAUAGUAAUACAUUUAUCAAUAUCUUUUUUUAGACAUUUUGAGACAUUCUGUGACUGCUUACAUUGCUCGCGAACUGGCGUGUUGUAGCGCCAUGUUGAAAAAUGACCUGCUGUGACGUCACUUUGGUUAAAGUUAUUAGGAUUUAAUCGUUGUGGACAUGCAAGAAUCGAACGCGGAGUCAUGUCCCGUCUGCUUGAACCCUCUCGUCGACGACACCGCUGCCUCUGUGGAUAACUGCCAGCAUGUGUUUUGUCUUCAGUGUAUUCUUCAGUGGUCCAAGACGGCCAACAUCUGUCCCGUGGAUCGGAUCCCUUUCACGUCCAUCCAUCCUGGAGGUGACGUUGGAAAGAAGAUCAAAGUGAUGGUGGUCAAACAAGAUGAUGAUGAUGAAGAGGAGGGAACCAGCAGCAUCAUUGUGUGUGAGCAGUGUGGACGCAGCAACGGCAGACGUCAGCUUCUAGUGUGUGUCCAGUGUGAUUCGGGGUAUCAUCAUGGCUGCUUCAGAGCUGCAUUGUUGACAAGUCCUCAAGGUGACUGGACCUGCCCCGACUGUGACUUCCUGUCUCAUCAAGCUGAGAGACUUGCAGAAGAAGAAGAUAUCAGCGAUGGUGAACUAUCGGACUUACUAGCUGAAGUCCGUGAAGAUGUGUCCACCACCAGCCGCCUCCGUCCCACCACCAUCAAUCAGUCCCGGCUCGCCGCCGCCCCCCCUCGCCGCAGCCCCAGGAACCACACCAUAACCAGCAGUACCAGCAACAGCAGCCUCGGUGCUCACUGGCAUGUACCCAAACACUUGCUGAGGGCAACCAGGCAGCCGACGAGCCAGAUGAACUUCCCCUCCCCGCCACUAGGUGGUCAAAAAUAGAAAAAAUACUUCAGAAGUAAUGCGGGGAAAUGGCCACUAGGUGGCAGCAUCGUGGCAACAGAUGAGUGCCAAGUUUUAACUCAGGAGUCUCGAGUUAAAAGUAGACUGCAGAUUGGGAGCCACUUCCAUAUUAUGCCCUUCAUGGGUUUGGCCGCCAUGAUGGUGAGCAGAAUACAGAAAGAAUGCAUUGAAAACAUGUCCUGGGCACACCGCUCACCCAUUAAUUGCUCUAAUAGACGGCCCAAAAGACCAGAUUUGUCAUUUUUCAAGUUCCCUCAAACAAAGACAGGUUUAUGUGAUGAAAAUGUUGUAGAUUUAUAAAACUGAAAACUCACAAAAAGUAUACAGUGUUGUAUGGGACAUAAGCUGAUUUGUUUGUAUGGGUGAUUAGUUCAAUUAUCAGUGAUGGUUAUUUACAUUAUGUAUUAUAAAUGACAUUACUGAAAUAAAUGUUGCAUUGUGUGAAUACUUCCAGUUAAAUAUUCAUAAAAUGCAAGUACAAAUUCAAUCAAAAUUCCUUAUGUGACCGGGUUUUUUUUUUUAUCGACUUACU